AUGGAUCCAACCUUCCCUUCUCUGUAAGUUCGUUGCUUCAUAUAAAUAACAAUCCACACAGCAAACCCUAGAGGCGGAAGCCAUUAAGCAGGGUUACGGAGAGAAUAGGGGAAGAAUUUCCCCCUGAAAGAGACAGAAAACUCUGCUCAACUUUGUUUUCUGUUCAAUCAAAAGUUGAUCGGAAAUUCCAUCAACUUCACUGAAAUUAGAAAACAAUGUCUGUUUCCGUCUUUUCGAUUCGAUCUCUCUUUUGAAAUUUUCUCUCGUUUAAUUUAAUUUCUUUCGAGAAACUCCAUCAAUGCUUUCGAAUCCGAAUCUGGUACACUAUGCCUGCAUUGCGAAGGGAAAGACAAUCCUCGCCGAGUUCUCCAGCAAAGAACCAGGGAUCGAAUUGUUGGCUUGUAAAUGCAUCGAGAAAACCCCUCCGUACCAUUCGAUGUUCUCUCACACCGUCGGAGCACGGACCUACGUUUUCUUAAUUCACGAGCCUUUAGCUUAUUUUGCCAUUUUUGAUGAAACUCUCGACAAAUCAGAGUCCAUGUGGUUGUUGAAUCGCAUGAAAUGCGCUUUUGAGGAGUUAGCUGAAAGUGGUUCCAUCAAGGGAUUUGAUGAUGAUGGUGAUGUAUUCCAUAAUUGUUUCCAAUCACAGUUCGAUCCUAUUUUCGGUGAGAUUAUGGCGAUGGAUUUGGAUAUGAUGGAUUCUUCAGGAAGCAUGGCGGCGGAUAGUCGGAAUCCUAGUUUGGAUUCAACGAAAGGCAGGAGGACUUCGAUUGUGCCUUUGCUAGGGAAGCAAUUAAAAGUUUUGAAGAAGAAGAAGAGGUUGUCCGUGGAAGCCAAUGGCGAUGGUGGUUUCAAGGAUGCUGGUGUACUAGUUUCAGAGAAGAAACUGGAUAUGGGUGGUGAUGAUGUUAAUGGCAUGUUGUACACUAGAGAUUUGAAGAACGGCUUGUUACAUGGCGGAGGUGACCAUCAUCACCAUUAUCAUCACCGGCAAAAGGCCAAGCAAAUUUGGAGGAAGCAUGUGUGGGUGGUUUUAAUUCUUGACCUGUUGGUUUGUGCUGUUCUGUUCGGAAUUUGGCUGUGGGUCUGCAGAGGGUUUCAGUGCAUUGAUGGCUGAUAAAAAUCGAAUUUGAUGAAGAAACUAAACUUAUCUACUAUUAAUUCACGCUAUUACUGUAUUGAUGCUGUUUCUAUGAAGUCAAUUGAAUGAGAAGUAAAGGCAUAUAUAUAUAUAUGUCUACAGGGAUUAUACAACCAAAGAUCGUUCAAUUGAUUUCUGGGUUCGUUUUUUCAGCUUCGGAAGGUUAAAGGUUUCUUCAGCGGCGGUCUCUCUUACUCUCUUCGUAUUGUUUUCAGAGGGUAUGGCUCUCUCUGUUUACGCUUCUUUAACUUGCAAGUUUUUUUUUUUUUUUUCUUCACAUUGGAUGCCUCAAAAAUGUGUAUAAUUCAAUCUAUCAACAGGGGUUUACUGUCUCUGUUUUGUC